AUGGAAGAAACAAGUGUUGGAUACAGUAGUGCUGUUACCUGUGAAUUAGCGAAACUGGGAAUGGAUUUGACCUCUCUCAUUACUGGUGCUAUCUGUGGAUUGAUUGGCAUUUUGGCUGGAGUCCUCAUCAAUCGUUUCAAUGUCAUCUACAUUGCACAGCACCCUGUGAAAAAAGAUGAAAAGAAGCAUGGUGGAGACCUGGUCGCAGAAGUCCUCAAGGCACAUGGAGUUGAGUGCAUGUUCACCCUUGUUGGUGGGCACAUCUCACCUAUUCUCGUUGGUGCUGAGAGGCUGGGCAUCAGAGUCAUUGAUACUCGCCAUGAGGUGAGUGCUGUUUUUGCAGCAGAUGCUGUUGCAAGGCUCUCUGGGAAAAUUGGAGUAGCUGCUGUCACAGCAGGACCAGGACUUACCAAUACAGUUACUGCUAUCAAAAAUGCUCAAAUGGCUGAGUCUCCUGUCCUUCUCAUGGGUGGAGCAGCAGCCAAUCUAUGGAAAGGGCGAGGUGCUUUGCAGGAUAUUGAGCAGCUGAAACUCUUUGCACCAAUUUGCAAGUUUACAGCGACUGUCACAUCUCUUAGAGAUAUUGUCCCCACUUUGAGGAAAGCCAUUCAGAUUGCCCAGUCUGGGACACCUGGUCCUGUCUUUGUUGAGUUUCCAAUUGACACAUUGUAUCCAUAUGAAGAUGUAUCUGAACAACUAAUUGUUGCAGUGAAUCGGAACAAGGAGCAAUUGUGGAAAAACAGUGAUCUCUUCUGGAAACCAAGUGUUGCAGCUGAGUGUGAUGUGGGGACUUUCAUCUGCCAGCUCUCUGCUUCACUUGCUGGUUUUGAAUUUUCUUGUACAGCUGACUGGGUCCAGAAACUCAGGGAAAGGGAUGAAGUGACAGGGAAGAAAAACAUAGAUAUGUCAGAGGUUCCUGUGGACAAGUUUGUGAACCCAAUGAAGCUGCUGUUCCAUUUGGAAGAAGUCCUCCCGCCAGAUUCCAUCAUUGUAGUAGAUGGAGGAGAUUUUGUAGGGACUGCUGCCUACAUUCUCAGGCAAGGGCCAAGAAAGGCCCUGGGAUGGCUUGACCCUGGUGCAUUUGGAACUCUGGGAGUCGGAGGAGGAUUUGCUCUUGGGGCAAAAUUUUGUAGACCCAACUCUCAAGUCUGGAUCAUCUAUGGAGAUGGAUCUUGUGGCUACAGUUUGGCAGAAGUGGAUACAAUGAAACGUCACAACUUACCAUGUCUGGCUGUGAUUGGGAAUGAUGGAGGAUGGACACAAAUUCUCAGGGAACAAGUUCCUCGUUUUCAGUCUAGUGUUGCUUGUCUCCUUGAUCACAAUGACUAUCACACGGUGACCAAUGGAUAUGGAGGAAGAGGAUUUUGUAUCAAAGAGAAGGCAGAAAUCAGCACAGAAAUCAAGGAGGCAAUGGAGUGGUACGAAGAAAAGCAGGUACCAGUUGUGAUCAAUGCCCUCAUUGGGAAGACAUCUUUCAGGGAAGGGAGCAUCUCGGUCUAACACUCGAGUUGUUCUACAUCCAUAGAGGCCUAUUCAUAACCUAGUCGGUUUUGGGGUUUCACACUAUAAUGUUGAUACAUGCAUUAUUGGGGAAAUUUGUAUGGUCACAGUUGUUGAAAGAUAGCAGCAGGGGAUCAAGUCCAUGCAUCAUACUUAUGCUUGAAUGACUGAAGGCUGGGGAGACUAAUGGCAGUCAAAGGGGCAAUAGGAUUAUUAGAAGGGAGGAGACAUGCUAUUUUACAGGUACUGUAUAACUUUCGUUAAUCAUGUCGAUUCUUUAAAUACCUUCAUUGUCAUAUGGACCUUUCUGGGUGAGUCUACCAUCCAAUUACACAGUGUUUAUGCAAAGCUUACACAAUGUGAAAAUACAAUGCUUCCAAUCAAGUGGAUCCUGCACAAGAAGUAACAUCUAUUGUUACCAUUCCAUAGCUCAGGAAUAUUAUUUUGGGCACCAUAAGGUGCAUCCAGAAUGUAUCUAUUACUUGCCUAUAACACAACAGUGCUCAAACUUUUUGAGCCAGAGGCCACAUACAGACGUGACCAAACUUGUGCAGGCCACACUUUACAAAAAAGUCUACUUGCACAGCUAAAAAAAAUCCAGUCAGGGUUAUAGUGUUCAUUGUGAGUUUCUUUUCAUUGCAAAGUACAUUUAGUAUUCAUGAGCCAUAUACAGCCUGCUGGCCUCAGUUUGAAUACUGCUGCUAUAACAGGAGGAUAAGUUGCAAUGACUAAUUCAAACCUAAUCCUAACCUUACCUUAUCCUCAAACCUUUUUGUUUGAGGGUAAGAUAGGUGCCAUCAUAUUCCCUUUCAUGGUAACCAACAAUAUCCAUUGAGGUACUGCUAUCUAUCUCUUUCUGAUAUUGAAACUGUCAGGGAAAAUGAAGGAAUGUAUCAAAAUCCAACU